CAUCAGUUACACUUCCUCUUUCUCACAGACUGACCUUUCAAAAACAGACGAGCAGGAGUGACAGAUAGUCUCCCGACGACUGGCAGAGUGAGAGAAAGUCAUCUGUUUGUUGGUAAGUGGACCUCAGAGUUUUGAACAGAUUCAUCACUUUAUAAGCAGUAACACUGAAGACACUUUCAUCAAUGAGUAUGGUGUAAAAUAAUGUGAAAACACAGAUUUAAUUUGCUUCAUUUUGAGGUUUAAAAGCAGUUGUAAACUUAUGCCAAAAUGAGAGGAGUCAGUCGUUGUAGGAGGGGUCAUUAUUAUUUUACAGGACUGCUCUUCUGUCAGCAGUGUGAGGAUUUAUUGUCUAACCUUUCCUUUAUUCUCUCUUUUCUUUCUUAUUUAGUACAAGUCCAUUCUGUGAGGAGCCAGAGGCUGUUUUUCAGUGUUUCCUGGACUGUAAAAGACUGCUGGCUUUAUUUAACAAAGUGAAAGUAUUUUUGAGAACUUUGGUAAGCCCUGGUCUGAAACUACCUUUAUUUUUGGUGCAGGAUAUGAAAAGAAACAUGCAAAAAGGUUCAGCUAUUACAUCUUAUUGUGGGACAAGCCAAACUGUCCAUAUACGAGAGCAGCUGUGCAGGGGGAAGAGUUGCUGCAAAAUUGCUGCAUAACUGCAAAGUUUUGUGUCCUUGGUCAGAGCCAGGGUCACUGUAGACUUCAGGUUUUAUUCUUUCACGAGAAAUGUGGAUGAGUUUGUAUCUCAGUGAUCUUGUACUUUAGCUGUUUGUUCUGUUGUUGAUGAGAAGCUGUGCUUAAAUCCUGUUUUUACAAAAGCCUGAAAAAAAUUAAAUACUGAUAUUCAUAAAUUAACAGACGUAAUAUCGUACACUGAAAAUAUUUGUAAAUUAAGUUGUGUUAGAAAUGAGAUCUUUCUUUCUUUCUUUCUUUCUUUCUUUCUUUCUUUCUUUCUUUCUUUCUGUCCUUCUUUCUUUCUUUCUCUUUCUCUUUCAGUGGAGAGGCUGCAGGUUCAUUUCAUCAUGGAAAGGUAUCAUACUCAACACUUACCAUGACUCAUUUUCCAGGUGCACAUUUCUCACAUAUUUGCUGUAAAACUUUGCAGAGGAAAAUAUAAACAGAGGUGGUCUGGUCCAAAGUGGUGAAUUACUGAGAAAGACAUCCUGCUUCUAUAUCAGUCAAGAGGUUAAAACAUUUAUGUAAUAAGAAAAUUAACUAACGAAACAAGUAAAACUCCUGUUUGCCAACUUACUUCCCUUACCAAAGAGUCAAGAUUUAAACAAUCUCAUCAUGAUUUUAUUCAUGGAAAAUUAGACCUGAACACUUAUACUAAACUCUAGUAAACAGAAAACUCCUUAGUGCCUUUAAAAGGAUAUUUAAUGCAUUAGGUAAACAUGAAGGAAAUGGAUGGUUCUGUUGGCCAACCUAAACUCACAUCCUGAACUGAAGGGGUUUCAGAGAUUCAGACAUUCUCACACAGUUCAAGCUAUUUCUUCUGUCCUUUUGGUUCUGCAAAACUGUAUGACUUCGACUCCUUUUAUGAGAUAUUUUAGAUAGUUUACUUAGGGAUGCUGGUCCCCCAGUCUGUACCCUCUCUAUUUCCUAGGACCCUAAAGGAGAAAACCACCAUGUCUGAGCUCAGCCGUAUAUCUAAGAAGUCAAAAGAAGAUCCUAUUUCAUUCAGAGACAGCCAACCUGACAUAAAGUAAGAAACACUUCAUUCAAACAAAGAAGAAAUGAAGAUGUUCAACUUCAAUCAGACAUAGAGGUUCAACCAAGAACCAAGAUUUUAACCCUCUCCUAUUUGUGCUUUUAUAGUUAAAAUCUUUUAACAAAUCUGAGCAGAAAAACUAAUUCUAACACAACCAACUAACCUAAACCUCCUGAGCAACAGUGCUAACCGAAGCAUAACCACGCUGCCCUGCAAACUCAAAUUAGCUGCUUAAAAAUAACUUCUUAUUGUUGAGUAGGAUUUCUCUUUGUCUUUUUGACUUUUAUUUCUCUUUUACCUCUAUCUUAUUUCGGCUUUAUUGUCUUUUUAGCUUUUGUUAUAUUUAUACUAUUUUCUUAAUUAACCUUUAUGCCUUUUAUUGUUUUUUUUUCUCUUGCUCAUUUUUGUUAUUCUAUUUUAUCAUUACUAUUAUUAUCAUUAUUAUUUUGUUAUUAUUUUAUCAUCUUUAAUGUUGUCCUUUUAUACCUACUAUCCUGUUUUCUGCUUUUAACCCUUCUUUUUUGAUUGCAUUUUAUUUUUCUUACCUAUUUUAUAUUUUUAUUUUGGUCCUCAUAGCCUCAUUUUGUGGUGCAGGGUUCUUGUAUUGUCUGGGUUCCUUCCAUUUCAGUGUCUCACAGUUAAGAGGCACUGCUUUUGCUGUAGUCUGUGCUCAAGAAUCAACAUAUUCCCCCAUGCUAAAACCAAUGAUCACUUGUUUGCAUGUAAGUUUUUGAUGUUUUUUUUUUUUGAUGCUCCACAAACUUCUCCUUUAUCAUUAAAUAUGGAUUUCAUAAAUAUUUAGCUUGGAAUAACUUUUCUGUUUAACAGGAAAAACAAAAGCAAAUUAUAGUGAAACUCGUAUGUUGCUCUGGUCACCCAGAUUUACAGUUAUUAUGCUAUUUUUAAGGAAUUCUUUUGCAAAAUCAAGGCACUGUGUUAACUGUAGAGGCAGAAAGUAAAGAUUUGCAAAACACUGAAGUAUGAUUUUGACCAAAAACAGCACAAAGACAGCCUAUCAGACCUUGAAUUAAUAAUUGAAGAUAAAAUGCUCAUUUGAAUUUGAUUCCAGCUGAUUUCUGUUUUCACUGCUGAAGUAGACAACAGUCAAAUUUAUGACAAGUGUUCACAUUCAGAGACCUGAAAACAUGAGCUCAUGCUGUUAAUAUUUCUCACUGUGUACUCACCAGGACUGACCAGAAGAGCCUCGUGAAUGCAGCUGACCAGUCUGCACACCAUCACCAAACAGACUUGGACUCUGUAUUUAAGGUGAGUGGAGAUAUGACAAUACAAUUUAACUCAAACUAAAGACAAACACCCAUCUUUUUACAUGUUUGCGGUCAUAUCUUUGCAGCUUUAAUUUCCUGUGAGGCAUUUGGGUUGAUUUUGUAUGGAGCUAAAUCCAGGCCAAACGGUUUGAUGAUUAAAAACAAAAGAAAUGCGAUAGGAAUAAUAAAAUCUGAAACUGAGAGUUCAAGGUAUGAACAUGUAUUUUAAAGAAAUUAAAACACUGUGUAUUUAAAAUAAAAAUAAUUGUAUGACAGUUUUUUUCAACUUAAAUAUAAUUUUGAUUCAGCUCUAGAGUUCUUUCAAUAAAAUCACUUAUUGUCAGUUUUUAAAAGUUUUAAGUAUUAUUUUUUCAGAUGCAGGUUUAAUGUUUUCAGAUUAGGAUCUUAUUUUUUGUUUUUUUAUUUAUAGUCAAAUCACGCUUUCAGGUUUGAGAUUUUAUUUCCACCUUCAACCUUUUUUUUUUCCACUUUGAGAUCAUAUUUUUUCAGUUUUAAACUUUUGAUCCUGUAUGGCAUCAACUGAAAAGGGCGUGGGAUUGUGAGUGACAGUAUUUAGAGAAAGCUCAAGGCCUUCACUGAUUAUGUUGCCUCUGGGAAAAGUUUUAGAUUUAAUUCUUUCAAUCACUUUUUUUUCCAAAAUAACAAACCCUUUAGCCUGGAUUUAGCUCCAUAAUUAUGGUACUUGGUGCUCAAAGCUGUGUGUCUUACAAACUCACCAGUCUUGUCCAUGCUUGAAGAGUGCUGCCAGCUGCAUAAAAUCUCACUCCAUCAUGAAUUUGGAGCCUGUUAGGGGCAUGUUAGUGCCAGGUCGCUCAGUCAAUGCUGUUUUGUUUCCAGAUGCUUGAGGAGCACAUUAUCAGCUUUGCAAAGACCGAGCUGGAAAGGUUCAAAAGAGUUCUACAACAAGAUGAUCCUGAAUAUUUGGAGACCCGGAAAGAGGGUGAAGACGUGAGCAAUAAGGAAGAAGAGCUAAAGAGGAGCAACCGAGAGGCUUUUAUGAAGAUCACACUGAACUACCUGAGGAUAAUGAAGCAGGAUGCUGUGGCUGACUCUCUGCACAACAGUAAGAAAACUAAUGGCUUUGUAGUUUUUCAAAACACAAUUUCAAUUGUGUGAAAACUCUGUUUGUUUAAGUGAGCCCACACAGUGGUUUCCACUAAAGAGUCCAAUCUGAAGAUCAGGUCCAUCCAGUCUUGGUUUUGGUCCUUGUCCCUUGAGAACAAAGAUUUCUCCAAAUUCUCUGAAUCAUUUACUGAUAUUAUGUUCUGUGGAUGAUGAAAUCCACUCAUUCUGUGACAUUUUACACGGAUGAACAUGCUGAGAAUUAUUGAACUAUUUGCUCUCACAGUGUGAUGAACCUUGCCUCAUCUGAGAAUCUCAGCCUCCAUGAAGGACCUUUUGUAAGGUCCUGAACUAAUGAGGUUCAUUAUUAACAGGUUAGAACCUCAUUAGUUGAAACUUUUUCUUCUAGGUGCCUUUUUGGCAUCACACAUCUAUUGUGAAUGCUUUAUUUUCCAUGCCCUCAUUUUUUUGGAAACAUGAGGGGGCAAGAAAUUUAAAAUAAAUCCUUUUUUUUUUUUUACUUAAACAAUACUAUUUUUUUUUUAUUUUAACAUUAAAAAUGUUGUCUUUGCUCAUUUUUAAAUCAGAUAGGGGUUCAGAUGAUUUGCAAAUGAUCAACUUUGGUUUUAAUGAACAUUUUAUUAACUUGGCAUAUUUGCAAGAAUCCCGCUUUGGUCUACCCAAGAACAGCAGCAUUACUCUGCAUGAGGAUAGCUGACAACCGAUCCUCCCUUUCAAAUCCAUCAAGCUCCUAUGACCUAAAAGUUGCUGCAACAGGAGUGGCAAGGAUUGUUAAAGUCACAAGCAGUGAUGUCACUGCACCCCCCUGCAUGUUGGGGCCUCUUGUAGCUGUAAGAUGUGUAGCAGGGUCUACCUAUGUUGCAGCCAUUUCUUACUACACUAAGUAGUGCAUUUACCAUAAGCAAAAUUUUGGUGUAUAUCGAUGAGUUAAGAUCAAUACUAUGAGCUCAAUACUUAUGAGCAUUCUGUGCUUCAAGCACAGAAUGGGUAUCAUAGACUGACCUUUAACCAGCAGGUAGGGCUAUAACCUUAACCAAGUUAUCAUUUGCAAGGAUGUUAAUGACAGUUCUUAAAAGGUACAGUUAUGAUUUCAAGCUUGUGAUUAGGGCUGGGCGAUAAAACGGUAAUGAUAUAUAUAUCGAAAUUUAAUUUCCUUUAAUAUCAAUAUGGAACAUAAUCAACAUGCUUUUCGAUAUUCACCUUUUGCCAUGUUUAAGUAGACUAAUGAAAAGGGGAGUUUCACCGGGUCUGCUUCACAUUGAACCAAUCAUGUGCUGAAUUAGAACCGAGUAGCAAACAACUGUGUAGUAGCAGGCUGCAGCUACACGCAACCAUAGCACUGUAACAGGUAAAGCUGACAACACUGUCAGUGAGAAAAUAAGUGCUACCCCCGGCAGAAAUGCAGAUGAAGGCUCAACAGAUGAUGACACUGGCACGAAAACGUCGGUGGUGUGGAGGUAUUUUGAUUUUUUGAGGUCGGACAUGAAGCAGAGUAAUGUGCACUGCAAAGUAUGCCGAGUUCCUGAUCUCAAAAAGUGCGGGAAUACCUCAAAUCUUUUUCACCACUUGAAGCAGUGCCAUGCAGAAGAGCACGAGCAAUGCGUGGCGCCCGUGCAGCCGAAAGAGCCGACCAUUCAGUCUGCUUUCUCUAGUGCCACGCAUUACGACAAAACAUCACAGAGACACAAAGAUCUCACAGAUGCAGUAGGUUAUUGUAUUGCAAAAGACAUGCUACCAAUAAGCACUGUUAAAUUUUGCCCAUAUGGUCCUAAUAAGAAGGGAGUGGGCGAGAAUGUAGGUGGUAGUAGUUUAUACAUGUCAGUAAUGACAAGAAAAAUAAUUAACAGCAUCCUGAAAUGUGCUUCUUUGUUCUUUUCACAAUUGACUUCUUCAUCACGUUUGUUGUUUACUUUCAGUGUCUCCUGCAGCAUGCCAGAAUAAACUGAAAUCAAACCUGAAAGAGAGGUUUCAGUGUUUGUUUGAGGGGAUUUCCAAAGCAGGACAGCCAGCACUCCUUAAAGAAAUCUUCACAGACCUCUACAUCACAGAGGGAGGAACCAGAGCAGCCAGUGAUGAACAUGAGGUCAGGCAGAUUGAUUCAGCAUUCAGAAAGUCAUUGAAGUCAGACAAAACAAUCACCUGUGACCAAAUCUUACAACAAGGAGGUGAUGUCCCCAUCAGAACGGUGAUGACAAAGGGAGUGGCCGGCAUUGGGAAAACAGUAUUAACACAGAAGUUCGCUCUGGACUGGGCAGAAGACAAAACUCACCAAGAUACACAGUUCACAUUCCCAAUCACUUUCAAAGAGCUUAAUUUGCUAAAAGGGAAACAGUUCAGUUUGGUGGGGCUCAUCCAGCACCUUUUUCCUGAAACCAAAGAAUCGGGGAUCCACAGGUUUGAGGAGUUUAACAUUGUGUUCAUAUUUGAUGGUCUGGACGAGUGUCGACUUCCUCUGGACUUUAACAACAAUCCGAUCCUGACUGAUACGACAGAGCCCGCCUCAGUGGAUGUGUUGCUGACAAACCUCAUCAGGAGGAAACUGCUUCCCUCUGCUCGCCUCUGGAUUACUACACGGCCUGCAGCAGCCAAUCAGAUCCCUCCUGAGUGUGUUGACAUGGUGACAGAGGUCAGAGGGUUCGCUGACCCUCAGAAAGAGGAGUACUUCAGGAAGAAAUUCAGAGAUGAGAUUCAGGCUGCUAGAAUCAUUGCCCAUGUCAAGAAAGCACAGAACCUCCACACCAUGUGCCAGAUACCGGUUUUCUGCUGGAUCACAGCUACAGUCCUAGAAGACAUGAUGAAGACCAGUGAGAGCGAAGAGCUCCCCAAGACUCUGACUGAGAUGUACAUCUACUUCCUGGUGGUUCAGAUGAAACAGAGCAAUGUCAAGUUUCAUGGAGGAGUGGAGACAGAUCCUCACUGGAAUCCAAAAAGCAGGGACAUGAUCUGGUCUCUGGGAAAACUGGCCUUUGAGCAGCUGCUGAAAGGGUGCCUGGUAUUUUAUGAAUCAGACCUGACAGAGUGUGGCAUCGAUGUCGAAGCGGCCUCCGUGUACUCAGGAGUGUUCACAAAGAUCUUUAAGGAGGAGAAAGGACUUUUCCUAGAUAAGAUGUUCUGCUUUGUGCACUUGAGUGUCCAGGAGUUUCUGGCUGCUCUUUAUGUCCACCUGACCUUCAUCAACUCAGGGUGUAGUCCUCUGGGAAAUAAACUUCAGGAAUCAACCUUCAACACACUUGAACAAACAUGCAACAAAUCUGCACUCUUCUACCAGACAGCUGUGGACAGGGCCUUACAGAGUCCAAACGGACACCUGGACUUGUUCCUCCGAUUCCUCCUCGGUCUGUCUCUGGAGUCCAAUCAGAAUCUACUCAGAGGCUUGCCAAUGCAGAUGGAAAGUUGUUCUCAAAGCAGACAGGAAGUAGCUGAGUACAUCAAAGAGAAAAUGAAAGAGAAUCCCUCUCCAGAGCAAAGCAUCAAUCUGUUUCAUUGUCUGAAUGAGCUGAAGGACCACUCUUUAGUGGAAGAGAUCCAACUCUACCUAAGUUCAGGUCGACUUUCCACGGAAGAACUGUCUCCUGCUCAGUGGUCAGCUUUGGUCUUCAUCUUACUGUCGUCUGAAGAAAACCUAGAUGUGUUCGACCUGAAGAAAUACUUGGCUUCAGAAGAGGCUCUACUGAGGCUGCUGCCGGUGGUCAAAACUUCAAAAAAAUCCAUGUAUGUAGACUUAUUGCGGGCCUUAUUUGACCUUGUUUGUUUUGGUUGAAUUUGAAAAUUUAGUAUGUAGUAUGCAACAAAAAAUGAAUUACACAGUACAUGAAAAUGCCCAGAUAUUGCACUUACUCUCAGACUCCCUUGCAUACUGUUACCAAAUGUCCCAAAUGCAGAUUUUUCAUACUGUGGACACUGUGUUGUUGUUGUUGUUGGAGGAUACUGAUUGCAGGUAUAUGGCUGCUAUCAAUGUCUAGGCACAUUUCUGUUGUUUUUGUUUUCUCUGUAUAAGUUUUUGAGCAAAAUAGACAUAAGGCAAAUGCAAGUGGUGCAAGACACUCUGGAACAGUUGUGGCCAUGGGUGCUGCUGGCAAAAAAGCAGCACCCAUGGCCACAAAAAAGCUGGCAAAAAAGCUGUCAGUAGACACAGGCCCUUAUUGUCAAUGCAUUGCUGUAACUUGAAUAAACUUUCAAAAAAAGAGAAAUUGUUGCAUUAUCAGAACUUUUUUUUUCAUUGUCAGACUAAGUGGCUGCAACCUGACAGAGAGAAGCUGCAAAGCGCUGUCCUCCAUCCUCAGCUCUGAGUCAUGCUGCCUGAGAGAGCUGGACUUGGCCAACAAUGAUCUGCAGGACUCGGGGGUGAAGCUGCUCUCUGCUGGUCUGGAGAGUUUAAACUGCAGACUGGAGACUCUCGAGUAAAAACUUAUCCACCAGUUCAUCAUACUGUUCACUUUACCUUUCCCACCCAAUGUCUUAGUGUUUUUUUGUUUGAGUAAUAUUAAGUGAUCUACUAUGAGCACAACUUUAAAGGGUUUGUUAACUUUUCCAGUCAGCUUUUGGUUUGGAAACUGUUCUUUUUCUGUUUGUUUGCAGACUUUCUGGUUGUAUGAUCACAGACAAGGGCUUUGUCUCUCUAGCUUCAGCUUUGAGCUCUAACCCUUCUCACCUGAGGGAGCUGGACCUCACAUACAAUCAUCCUGGCGACCUGGGAAAAGAACUGCUUAUGACUGGUGUGGAGGAUCCAAACUGGAGACUCGACACUGUCAGGUAUGGAAGAGCCUGUGAUGAUACCCCCCUGUUACAUCAAGGUACAAAGGACCUGUACCAUGUACAGAGGAAACCAUAUAUAAAUAUGAUACAGAACAGUGUACACUUCCCUGGAAAAUGCUCCCAUUAAAGAUGGACUGAGAGAAACUGUCCUGAGAUGAUCAAACAUUUCUUUUGGAAAUCAUGGAUGCCACGUCCUUCACUCUUCGGAGAAGAUAUUUAGCACAUACUGAGUACAGUUUAGACUUACUCUUUUACAAAGGCACUGUGAAAUGACUUGUGCGAUGAUCUGCAGAAUGUCUCAAUCCUCAGUAUGCACAUUGAGUUAACAGAUAUGAAUGUAGCGAACAAAAGUAGCCAAACUGAAUUUAUUAAUAUACCAACCUCUCUGAUUUCCCUUCCUUUCAGGGUUGACCACGGAGGAGAGCAGUGGGUAAAACCUGGUCUAAGAAAAUGUAAGUGGAGCUUUAGUUGGAUUCCUAAAAACACAAAAUCAAAUCAAAUCAAAUAUUUUUGACAUUAUUUUAUGGAGGAAGUGCAGGCAGAUUCUUCAUGUGAGGAUUCAAAACCAUUUCUGUGUAUGUAGCUAUUUUUUUGUUUUAUUUUUACAUAUAUGUUUUCUGAUGAAAGAUGAAAAUCCUAGUAUAACAAGAAUGGAGCUUCUUUCAACCCAUUAUUUAUUUUUACCCAGGAGCAUCGGGACAUUCCUGUGAAGUGUCUCUGCUUUCCUUUCCAGCUUGGCUGAGAGCAGCCACAGACUGUUAUUCACUGACUUUAAACUGUCUUCCUUUGUUGUAGUUUUCAUCACAUUCAGCAAAGCUCCCAAGAAGCUGAUUCUGUGCAGCUCUUUGCGGUAACUUCUAAAGCUUAGUCCUGGUGGCUACCAGUAAAUUAAGGGCUGGGUGAUAAGACAAUUUGAUCUAUCAAUCCAAAUGUGUGGUUUGGAGUGAUUUUUGAAAAUGAAAAUGUACAAUUCUUGGUGUAGCUGUGAUAUUUUAGUACACUUGCUGUGUUAAAAGAAAUUUUUUCCGCUCUAGAAGUGCAUAUUUUAAGCAUUAUUAAAAAUGAUAAUCAUAAUAUUAAAAAACACCAACUGAGGCACCAAUUUAUAUUUAAAAUAUAACAUUUUGCAAAACUGAGUAAUUAAUAAUCUUAUCCCAGCGUAUCAGUACACGCAUAAGUGAGACUUAAGCUGUCCCCCAAGGCUCCAUCCUUGGUCUCGUUGUUUUCUCUUUGUUUCCUUUAGGGUCUAUUUUUUUAAAGUAUGUAUUAUCUUUUUUACUUCUAUGCCGAUGAUCCACAGCUGUACUUGCCCUUGAGAAAGAUGGACAGUACGACUCCUUGCCCCUGCUGACUGCCUCAGUGGCAUCACAGCUUGGAUGGCUCUUGUGUUCCUAAAGCUAGAUGAAAGCAAGAUUAAAGUGAUCAUAUUUGGACUAAACUCAGAUCAUUUUUUGAACUCUGUGAAGAAUCUGGGUCUGAUAAUAGAUGGGAAUUUUAAAAUGAAUGAACAAAUAAAAACAGUUGUGGAAUCUAGCUUUUCCUAAAAAAUCCUUUUUAUCUUGUAGUGACUUUGAAAAGGUGAGGAAACUUUGAUGUGAGUCAAGCAUCUGUAGCUCAUCUAGCUUCCCUUUACUUACUCUGUGUUUUAGUCGCUUUUGGGCGCAAACAUGGACAGUUUUGGGGAUAUAUAUGUAUAUUUUUUUAUCUUCACUCCUUUUUUGUUGUUGCUCUGUGGACAAGUUUUAGUUCAACGUUUUGAGGUCAUAUCAAAUAUAUUCUUCUUGUUUAACUUUUUUUUUGUUUGUUUUUUGUUUUUAGAUUUCUGUAAACUCAGACUGGACCCAAACACAGCCAACAGACAAGUUCUCCUUUCUGAAGAAAACAGCAAAGCAGAGAGUGUGAGCCAGGAGCUGCCAUACCCCGAUCACCCUGACAGAUUUGACUUUCUCUAUGCGGUUCUAUGUGAUAGAGGUAUAAAAGGUCGCUGCUACUGGGAGGUGGAGAGGAAAGGGUGGCUUUCUAUCGGAGUCACUUACAAAGGAAUCCAAAGGAAGGGAGAUGACAUUUUGUGCAGGCUAGGAAGGAACGACACAUCUUGGUCUUUGUUCGCUUCUGCCAAACUAAUCUCUGCGUGGCACAGUGACAGCUCAGAAAAGAUCUGCAUCCCUCGGGCAUUCCUCCCAAAGAGAGUAGGAGUAUAUCUGGACUGGCACGCCGGCACACUGUCCUUCUACAGAGUCAGCGCCGACUCACUCAUCCACCUGCACACCUUCCACUCUACCUUCACUGAACCCCUCUACCCAGGGUUUAUGUUCAGGGAUGGAUCAGCUCUGUCUCUGUGUCAGCCAGCAGAGGUACAGAGAUCCUGUGGAGGAAAAAACGAGUGCAGCAAUGACAGCUAUUAACAGACACAUUCAAGAUUUCACAAGAGGAGACAAUAGGUAGCAGUAAAACCUUUAAAAAAUAAGUAAUCUCUUAUAAUUAAGCAAACUGCAGGAUCAACAUAAUUAGACUUAAGACAACCACAGAUAGAAAACAAAAACCAUAAAUAGAUGCUGAAUAGCGGCAAAGACAGGAGACAUAAUAAUGCAUCAGAUUUCAUAUAGCACUUUACAUUGGAUACAUCAUUCAUUCGCUCACACAUUCACACCUCGGUGGUGGUAAACUACCUUAGUAGUCACAGUUGCCCUGGGGCAGACUGACAGAAACAUGGCUGCCAGUUUGCGUGUACGGCCUCUCCGACCACCACCACUCAACACUCACAAUCAUACACCAGUGGAGGACACACACUGGGAGCAAGGUGGGUUAAGUGUCUUGCCCAAGGACACAACGAGCAGACUGGGGAUAGGGAGGAAUCGAACUGCCAACCUUCCAGUUAUUGGACGACCGCUCUACCUCCUAAGCUUCAGAUGACCACAAAGAGCAAAAAUAACUACAACAAAAACUAAGAGGAGAUGCACAAAUGGACUCAAAGUAACCCACAAGAGGAUUCUAUAGAGCAGCAAAGACAAGUGAGGCCAAAUAAAGAUGAGAAAGAGCUGCAAUAAAACAGUGAACAACCCCAGAGACACAAACCAACAAUUAUAUAAGAAACUUAAAUUCAAGGAUGGGCACAAUCUGACACCAAAUGCUUGGAAAUAAGUGAUAGAGCUUAAAAACACAACAAAAACAACACCGAAGUCUCAAAAAGAUGCCAAAAGGCUGCAAAGGGGUGCAGAAAUAAGCAAAACAAUAUUUAAAGCUGCAAGAGACACAAAUUGACUUCAAAGUUGCCAUGAGGACUUUUUAAGCUGUUAUACAACAGACUGAAAUUAAGAGUGAUUUCUUUUUAUGGGCUCCAAAUGCAAACAGGACCACCAGCAACUGGACUGACAAAUUCUGUCCUGCAGUUGUAUAAGGACUGUAACCUUCAUGAGGAGGUUAACUAAAAGACAAAGAUCCUCCUGUGCACAGUGAUGUCCAGGAACAUCGCCAUUAGUUUCAGAGUCCUGCAGGUGUAAUGCCACUCCAGGGUAGGAGAGAGUUUGUUGUAUAAGUUUGGUGAAAAUGAAUAUGAGAUUCUUUUUUUGUUUUUUUACUGUCCCAUCUAUGAUGACUCAAGGGAUAUGCUUUUUGGUAUAAUGAUCAGUUAAUGCUGGUUUCUCCUGUUGGAUGACUAUGAAAAACCUGAGUUGUGUUUCAGCGGAGGAACCUUCUUAGUAGUAGACUUUUCUCUGCAAAGCCUGGGAGAAAAGGCAAGAUACAAUGUUACAGACUGAACUGGAAUAGGAGCAUGGUACUUUGAAAUAAAUCUUUCAUGAAUUAAA